AUGAAUCUUCCUGGAGCAAAACCACAAAAGCAGAUCCCAAUUUUCGAUAUAUCCACCGUCGCCAACUUCCUCAUCAUAUCACCAAACACCAUCAACACAACGAUGCUUCCUCUAAUAAUUCUAAUCUCUAUUCUUGUCUUUGUUCUUCUAUUUCUAUUCGCCGUCCGUUCGUAUCCUAUCCCAUUAGCCCCGAAAUCUCGUAUUCUUCUUCUAAUUGCUCACCCUGAUGAUGAGACUAUGUUCUUUUCGCCCACUAUCAGAGCACUCACUCACGCAGGUCAUCGCGUUUUUGUGUUGUGCGUUUCGAAUGGAGAUUUCGAUGGAUUGGGUAAAAUCCGUGCUCGUGAGCUGUCUCGUGCCGCCUCGAAACUCGGAAUCUCCUCCAGUGACGUCAUCUGUCUCGACUACGAUGAAUUCCGUGACGGCGACACGUGGGACCGUAACUCUCUGUGUCAAAUCGUGAUGCGCCACGUGGAAGUACUGUCAGCCGACACCGUCAUCUCGUUCGAUUCUUACGGUGUUUCGGGUCAUCAGAAUCACUCCAGUUGCUUCGAAGCCCUUCAGACAGCGUACAGCAACGGCGGUGUGCCACGAGACGUUCAGAUUUUCGUGCUCGAUUCGAUUCCUUUGUGGCGGAAGUAUAUUGGAAUGAGCGAUGCGUUAUUCUCAUUCGGGCGGUCUCCUUUCUUCUAUAUGGCACGGUUUCGUGACGUGGCGGCGUGUUGGCGGGCGAUAUACGUGUACAUGAAUAGUCUCCGACGAAUCUCCCCAUUGCCAUUGACACCAUCACCACGAAAUCCACAUCAUCAAAAAUUUAAAUUUCAUUGA